AAAAAUUAAAAAAAAGGUUUUAUAUGCUAGUAGUAGUAUUAGAUGAAGUAGGAGUAGGAGUUGUACUAAUAAUUUAAUAUAAUGCGGGCAAUUUGUAUGAGGUUGGCUUGAGAUUGAUUCAUUGAAUUGAAUGGUCGCGUCUGAGGUCUAACUCCGAUCUCGUCCUCCUCACUAUCCACCUACCAACGAAAAAGCACGCAUCUCCUUAGAUUAUAGUCCAAUUCCUUUUGAUCUUCUCUGAUCAACCCUUGCUACAACGAUGAGAGAAAGGAAGUCAAUAAAAUUGAAUAUUCAGCAGCAACAGCAACAGCAUCAGAAUGGUCACUUAUCCCCAUUUAAAUUAUCCAAAUUAUUAGAUCCUGAUGCUUCCUGGGAUAAGGAUCAGCUCGGUGAUGUACUUCAUUGGAUUAGACAAGCAUUGGCUCUUGUGUGUGGAUUACUAUGGGGUGCAAUUCCUUUAGUUGGAGGCUUCUGGUUUCUUUUGUUUGUGGUUUUCUCUUCCGCGAUUAUCUAUGGGUACUAUGCUCUUGUGCUUAAAAUCGAUGAAGAAGAGUUUGGAGGUCACGGAGCCCUUCUUCAAGAAGGAUUAUUUGCCUCAGUAUGUCUGUUUCUGCUUGCAUGGAUUCUUGUAUACAGUUUGGCACACUUCUGAUUUGCUCAUAUAGAUACUUGGAUCCUUGCGCUCCUCUCUCCCUCUCUUGGGAGGUCGAAAUCUUUGUGCCUCUUAUCUUCAGUCAGCAUUAUUACUUUUACCAAAGCCAAAGGAUACAUUUACCUCUUUAGGUGUAAUUUUUCGUGUUUGUUGGAUAUUUAUUUUGUUUUUGUUCAAUUUAUUUUGUUUUAUGUACAAUUGUUUUACCAGUUUUUGCAAGGCGCUUCAUGGGAUUUCUUGUUUCCUUCUCAAUACUCUUGUAAUUUUAUUUUAUUUCUUCAUUCUGUAGCAAACAUAUCUGCUAAUCUGAGUUGGUUAUAGCCUAGUCUAAUGGCAACUCCUCUGAUCAAUCCUGUUGGAUCACACUCAUCAUUCAAGUUUAACUGGAGAAAUUAGAAAUAUAUUACAAAUUCGAAACAAAAUUAUAUGUCGAGCAUAGAUUUUUGUGUACGUGAGCCAAAACUCUAAAGCAAA